AUGCCGCUCGUUAUUCUGACCGGCUACCCUUGCUCCGGCCUGACAUACAGAGCCAACCAGCUUGCGGCCCUCAUCGAGAAGGCACAGGACGAGAUCUUCGCGGCGGGCGACAGCGCGUCACCGGUCGCCCUGAAGUCCCGCUUUAAGGUCAAUAUCGUGCCCUCGCACGACAAAUCAUACCCACGGACAGUAUACGACCAUGCGCGAACGGAAAAGGAAGCGCGGGGCAUGGCCUAUGCGCGGACGAAGCGCGUUCUGACCCGAGACAGCAUUGUCAUCCUCGAUGGAAUGAACUAUAUCAAGGGAUGGCGAUACCAGCUCUGGUGCGAGGCCAAAGCUGCCGGUACAACAUGCUGCGUGGUCCAUAUCGGUACCCCGGUCGACCAGUGCAUCGCAAACAAUAACGCUCGGUUACAACAGGCUGAAAAGAAGGGCUCCAAUCCUGAUGAGGCACAAGAAGCUUCGAGUGUCGAGAAGGCCCAGACCGAGUCGGAAUCGUCCUCCGCCGACGAAGAGCCCUACUCCUCUGAACUCCUCAACAAUCUUAUCUUUCGCUACGAGGAACCUAGCACUCACAGCCGAUGGGACAAGCCUCUCUUCACAGUGCCCUGGUCCGAUGCAGAGCCCCCGAUAGAGGAUAUUUUCCAUGCGCUUACUGGAAUCGUUCUUCCUUCGGCGCAAGCGCCCGCCGAAGCUCCAGUCCUCAGCCUUGGCGACGCCCUUGCUACAUCCACAAUUUCCGACACAGCCAGCACAACGACGACUGGAAGGGCCUUCAAUCGCAGCACACCUCUCCGCCCAAAGAUUGUCCCCCACCAAGCGACCGUGCAAGCGGUCGCUACAGACUCCGGCGCUCUGUACGAUAUGGAAAAGCGCACCACGGCCAUCGUGACCACUCUCCGCAACUUCACGCAAUCCAACCCCUCUGCUGAAACAGCACUGGCCCAAAGUACCAGUCACAAAGGCAUCAAUAUUGAAGUGCCUCAUUCAUCAAACCCGAUCUUCAUCCCUGCUCAUGUCGCUACAACGGGCACUACAGAUGAGCUGGCCGGCGCUGGCGGCAUCCUCUCACUCCCGCGACUACAGCGGCUCCGGAGACAAUGGAUCAGUCUUAACCGUGUGCAUAUCGGCCGCGGUCAUGCUGCAGGACGAGGGGCCCUGGGACCAGAGCAGAUUGGCGAUGCGUUUGUGCGGUUUUUGAACAAUGCCAUUGGAGGAGAGGAGGAGGCUCAGCUGUAA